AUGGCUGUGUGGGAUCACUUAGAGGUUACCAGCGCUCAUGUUGCAUAUGCGUGCGUGGGGGUGUUUUCAGCGAUUUUCAUGCUGGUGUCGCUUUUCGCGAAGGAAAAACUGUACAUCGGUGAAUCGACAGUAGCAGUGAUUUUCGGGCUGAUCGUAGGCCCCCACUGUCUAGAUUGGUUUAACCCUUUGAAAUGGGGGAACUCGGACUCGAUCACGCUGGAGAUCACGCGGAUCGUGCUGUGUUUGCAGAUCUUUGCGGUGGCCGUUGAGCUGCCCAAAAAAUACAUGCUCAAGCACUGGGUUUCGGUAUCGAUGCUGCUACUGCCGGUGAUGACGGCUGGGUGGCUCAUCAUUGCUCUAUUUGUGUGGAUCGUCAUCCCAAACUUGAACUUCCCAGAGGCGCUGCUGAUCGCAUCGUGUAUCACGGCUACAGAUCCAAUUCUAGCCCAAUCGGUGGUGUCCGGUAAGUUUGCACAGCGUGUCCCUGGCCAUUUGAGAAAUUUGCUAUCUGCAGAGAGUGGUUGUAACGACGGCAUGGCAUUUCCAUUCAUCUAUCUUUCGUUGAACUUGCUGGCACAUGCCGGUAACGGUGGUGAGAUUGUUAAAGAGUGGUUUUGCGUCACGAUCUUCUACGAGUGCUUGUUCGGAUGCAUUCUGGGAGCAGUGAUAGGCUACUCUGGAAGACGAGCCAUCAGGUUCGCCGAGGAGCGCAAAUUGAUCGAUCGAGAAUCGUUCUUAGCGUUCUACGUCUGCUUAGCGUUCAUUUGCGCGGGUUUUGGGUCUAUUCUCGGGGCAGACGAUCUUUUGGUGUCGUUUGCCGCCGGAACUGCGUUUGCGUGGGAUGGUUGGUUUUCCAACAAGACCAAAGAAAGUGAAAUUUCCACCAUUAUCGAUUUGUUGCUGAACUUGGCCUAUUUCGUGUAUUUCGGAGCCAUCAUUCCUUGGCAACAAUUCAACAAUUCCAAGCUUGGACUCGACGCCUGGAGGCUUGUUAUUUUGGGCAUAGUGGUCAUCGCAUUGCGCCGAAUUCCAGCCGUUUUGGCAGUGAAAGCCAUGAUCCCAGAUAUCAAAUCAUGGAGAGAAGCAAUGUUUGUGGGCCACUUCGGGCCGAUUGGUGUAGGCGCCAUCUUUGCGGCUAUCUUGGCUCGUUCGGAACUGGAAAGCUAUGCAACUGGUGAAGAAACCCCUUUGAAACACAUUCCAGAGGAGGGUACCAAAUAUUGGCGAUUGAUUGCCAUAAUUUGGCCCAUUACCUGUUUUUUCAUUAUAGUAUCCAUCAUAGUACAUGGAUCAUCUGUUGCCGUUAUAACCUUGGGUCGUCAUUUGAAUACUAUCACUUUGACUAAAUCCUUCACAGUGCAAACCACCAACGGCAAAGGGUCAUCUUGGAUGCAAAGACUACCUACGCUGGAUAAAUCUGGACGUUCGUUUUCUUUGCAGAGAAUUGACACCAAGGCUGCACCAGACACUCUCAGCCGUCAAGAGACUGCUGUUGAAACUAGCGGAGUUCCUACAAAGCCUUUUGGUGGCAUGAAGAGAAAGCGUAAGAAUUUGAAGAACAGAAUAAAGGGAUUGAAGACCAAGGGCGCGUCUUCUACAGGGGAUUCCGAAAGCCCUGCGUCGGCCGAUAAUGAAAGAGUACAACGUGAAAAAGAGGCCCAAGCUGCUGCUUUUGCAUUGAGCUCUCAACUACGUCCUCAUGACACCGACGGGUAUGAUGAUACAAAUAUCGAUGAAGGAGACGAUGCUGACGACACGCUAGAUUCCAUUGACAUUUUGAACCCAACUCAAGCUUCUGAGGCUAUUAGUCGACUGGAUGAAAUAUCUGGGUAUCAACCAGGUCCAGAAGCUGAAAAGGUCGAAGAGGACAUCACCCGAUUACAGCACUCGGUUCCACAAUCUGAGUUUGCAGAGGACAAUGUACAGCUUCCAGAAGGGAUCACAACAUCUUCAUCCAAUUUCGAUGAGGAGAAGUUGGAGAGGUCGUCUCAAACUGCCUCACUCGACAGCUAUGCAAGGGACAUUGAAAAGUUCAAAAGAGAAAUGGAGCAAAAAGCUGAAGAAGGAGAAGGGGCUGUUGCAUAUGCUGAAGGCAAUAAAGUUAUAGUUGAGAAUAGCCAGGGUGAGAUCAUUGAUCAGGCGGAGCUCAACCGGAAACCAAAGGAUGAAGAAGAGGGUGCUAGCUCGUUAUUAGAACGUAAUUUAAGUCAGCGGUCGUCCAAGAUGGAAGCCCUGAAACGGGCCAUGACACCUCCAAGGAUGAGAAGACAGACUCUGAUAGACGAAAAAUCCAACGCAAGAUACUUUGCAUACAAAAUCGACGACCAGUUGAUCAUCGAGAAUGACGACGGCGACGUGUUGCGGAGAUAUAGGAUCAACCCUCAUGAAGCAGACGGUCAACGGAGCAGAAGCAAUAGCAACAAGUCCAAGGGCCCUGGCAUAAUGGCCAAAGCUCUCUCAGCUGUAGGUCUUUCUAAGAGUGCCUCUUCUCAAACUACAUCUCACGCAACGACAGAUCACACUUUACAACCUGCAGCCAAAAUUAAAGGACGUCGUCUAAGGCCCGUGCCCACCUCCGGAGCAUUAGCAGAGCCGUCUGACGAAGAGGACGACGAAGAAGGUGCUGAAGACAGCGAGAUAGACGAAGACUUUGACAGUGAAGAAACCCAAGCUUCAGAUGAUGGUACAGAUUAUGGCGAAGAAAUCGACGACAACGACGAUGGCUCUGAGAUUGCGAUAGGACCCGACGCCGGGUCUUCUGCCAGUGACGAGGAGUUCAGUGACAACGAAUCUGAGACUUCUAUUGAGCGUGCUCGUAGACUCACUGCUCUAGGCCAUGUUUCUGCACCCAGACGUGACGAUGACGAAGAGGAGUCUAUCGAUGCACGCAAAGGAAAGGUGAAGUCUGCUUUGCAACGGACCUUACGCAAGUAA